CGGAGGAACAACGGAAGACAAGAUGGAACAGCACUUCCAGUUGGAACCAUUUAACGAUGCCGUUGAUAGUUCGGCGUUGCGCCGUGAGUGGGAAGAGUGGCAUAGAUCAUGCGAGAUAGUCUUGGAGUUAAAGCAGACUGAAUCGCAACAUGAGAAGUUGCUUUUUAUCUUGGCCCGUGGAGGCAGAGGAUUGCAACGUAUCUACUAUAAUUUAGCACCUGUAGUGGGAGAAGUUGUCCCAGAACCUCCUAAACCACCAAUGGCACCAAAAGAAAUUCCGGAGUAUGAUAACGCAGUUAAAAGGCUCAACGCGUUCUUUAUUGGAAAACGCAAUGAAAGGGUUGAGCUAGAGGUAUUCCGCGCGCUAAAACAAAAGCUCGAUGAACCCUUUAACCGCUACAUGCUACGUCUACAAACACAAGCGCGUAGUUGUGAUUUUGGUGCUCGUGAAGAAAAAGAAAUUCUUCAGCAAAUAACUGUUGGGGCUAGCGAUGAGCGAGUAAGAGACAAAGGCCUGGAAGGAGUAAUGGAUUUGAACAAUCUGAUAAAUUAUGCGAUCAAUCGAGAAGUGCUAGUGAAACAAAAAGAAAAAUCUCAUCCCUUUAAGGGAGAAAACAGUGCGCUGGCUAUUAAUUAUACGGCGGAAAGGAAAACGUCAUCGACAGGGAACGAUUUUCGAGGACGAGAUUGGAGGACUGGUUAUAGACCUUCCCAGGAUUGCGGACGAUGCGGCUCAUGGAGGCAUCAAGCGAAGGACUGUCCGGCUAGAAAUUCUCGAUGCAACAAGUGUGGACAGUUGGGACACUUUGCAAGGAAGUGCACAGAAGGGCGAAAUAGGCGUACAACACAGGGAAUCAACCGGUACCGAUGGCAGAAACCGGAAGUGGCUAAUGCAUUGUGUAAUGAAUCGCCCCCGGCUAUAGAAAAGCAACAAAACACCAAUGAUGGAAUGAUUGUGGGACACAUCGAUAAAAUACCGGUAGAGUUCCUUAUCGAUUCAGGAGCAAUGAUAAAUACGAAAACAGAAAAAGUAUGGGGAAAAUUAAUUGGUAGCAGGGCCAAGGUAUUUAACAUGCAGUUUGAAUGUGAUCGCCAGUUCAAUGCGUAUGCAUCUAAAGUCCCAUUGGAAGUGGUGGCUGGUUUUGAGGCAUGGAUUACAAUCAAUGCUGCAAAACCUAAGGUCUACACAGAAUUCUUCGUUAUCAAAGGAGCGAAUCGAUGUUUGCUUUGCAAAAAGACAGCGGAGGAGCUGAAAGUUUUGAAAGUUGGGCUAGAAGUUAAUAUGAUAGGGCAAAAGAAAACACCAUUUCCAAAAUUUCCGGGAAUCCAAUUGAAGCUUGCAAUUGAUGAUACUGUUAUGCCAAAGAAGCUACCUGCCUAAGAAUACCGAUAGCGAUGGAGGAAAAAGUCAAUCAGAAGUUACAGGAAAUGUUAGAAGCAGACAUAAUUGAGCCAGUUAUAGGUCCUGCCAAUUGGAUAUCGCCUAUGGUAGUGGUUCCUAAGGGUAAAGACGACAUUCGUCUUUGCAUAAAUAUGCGAUACCCUAAUAAGGCGUUUCAAAGGGAACACUAUCCUCUCCCUGUAAUUGACACACUUCUCAACAAACUAAAAGGAGCAACAAUAUUUUCCAAGCUGGACAUCACGUCGGCUUAUUACCACAUUGAGCUACACCCGGAUUCACGUGACAUUACAACUUUUAUGACAGGAAGAGGGCUUAUGAGGUUUAAGCGUCUUAUGUUUGGGAUAAACUGCGCGCCUGAGAUUUUCCAGAGAAUCAUGUCUGAGAUGCUAGCGGUUGUUGAAGGAGUUAUCAUCUAUAUAGAUGAUAUUGUCAUAUGGGGGACAUCCAUUACCGAACAUAACACACGUUUGAAGCAAGUGUUAGACAUCUUGGGGAAAAAUAAUGCUACGCUCAACAAAUCAAAAUGUAUGUUUGGGGUUGAGGAGUUGGAAAUCCUAGGAUUCAAAAUUAAUUCGAAAGGCAUAAGGCCAACAGAAGACAAAAUUGCGGCGAUUCAAAGUUCGUAGCUUUUUAGGCUUAGUUAAUUUUGUAGGUCAGUUCAUUCCUCAUCUUUCUUCGCGAACAGAACCUCUAAGAAGUUUUAUCAGAGGUGACAUAGAAAUAUUUGGGGUAGAACAACAUAAAGCUUUUGACGAUCUACGUCAGGAAUUAGCGAACACAGUUCACAGUUUGGGUUUUUUCGAUCCCAAAGAUGCCACAGAUUUAUAUGUGGAUGCAUCGCCAGUAGGUCUUGGAGCAGUGUUAACGCAGAGAAACAGCAAUAAUGAAUCGAGAAUUAUUAGUUUUGCAUCAAAGGGACUUACGGAUACAGAAAAGAUUUACCCGCAAACACAGAGGGAAGCUUUAGCUGUUGUUUGGGCUGUAGAAAAAUUCUACACGUACCUUUUCGGGAUUCAUUUUACGGUGUACACUGACCAUAAAACGUUGGAAUAUAUAUUUGGUGGAAAACACCAAGAAGAGAAACAGGCGUGCACGCGUGCCGAGGGUUGGGCACUGAGGUUGCAACCGUAUGAUUUCACAGUCGUACACGUUCCAGGACAAAGCAACAUCUCGGAUAUUUUA